CACGGAUAUUCCAUUAAAAUGUCACAAGAUUUAUCAGCAACACCAGAAACCCCUAAAGAAGAUGGCAGACCCAAGUGGGACAAUAAAUUCCAGUAUAUUUUAAGCUGUAUCGGAUUUGCCGUUGGCCUGGGGAACGUGUGGCGAUUUCCAUACUUGUGUCAGAUACAUGGAGGCGGGGCUUUCCUGAUACCAUACUUCAUCGCUCUUCUCUUUGAAGGAAUCCCACUGUUACACCUCGAGCUGGCCCUAGGGCAGUGCCUGAGGAAAGGCAGCAUUGGAGCCUGGAACACCAUUUCUCCUUACCUUGGAGGCGUUGGAGUUGGUUCAUGGAUGGUGUCGAUUCUUGUGAGCUUGUACUACAACACUGUUUUAACUUGGGUGAUGUGGUAUUUCAUAAACUCCUUCCAAGAACCUCUUCCUUGGAGUGUUUGUCCUCUAAAUGAAAACAGAACAGGAUUCAAUGAAGAAUGCUAUGAAAGCACCGCAGUAAAUUAUUUUUGGUACAGGAAAACUUUGAACAUAACACCUGAUAUUGCUGAGAGUGGCACGUUCCAGUGGUGGCUCAUUUUGUGCUUAGCAGCUUGCUGGGCAAUUGUCUAUCUCUGCACCAUCCGAGGAAUUGAAACCACAGGGAAGGCAAUUUAUGUAACAGCAAUAUUUCCAUAUCUGGUCCUGACUAUAUUCCUUAUUCAAGGACUCACUCUACCAGGAGCCACUGAAGGUCUGAUUUACCUCUUCACCCCUAAUCUGAACACUUUGAAAAAUCCUCGUGUAUGGCUUGAUGCAGCUACACAGAUUUUCUUCUCUCUCUCUUUGGCUUUUGGAGGGCUUAUUGCAUUUGCAAGCUACAAUCCAACAAAAAAUGACUGUGAAAAGGAUGCUGUGACAGUAGCAAUUGUGAACAGCAUGACAUCUCUCUAUGCUUCCAUCCCAGUCUUUUCUGUUUUGGGAUUUAAAGCAACCACAGCCUACUGGGACUGCUUGGACAGGAACAUUAUCAGUAUCAUCAAUGAAUUUGAUCUUCCGGAAGAAAGCAUCAUGCGACAGAACUAUACAUCCUGGAUUAGUUUUUUGAAUUCAUCAUAUCCAGAAAAAAUUGGUGGACUCAACCUGAAAAGCUGUGAUCUUCAAGAAUUUCUUGAUCAGAGUGUCUCAGGAACUGGCUUGGCUUUCAUCGUUUUCACUCAAGCUAUCAUCCUUAUGCCAGGCUCCCAAGCCUGGGCCAUCCUGUUUUUCAUAAUGUUGUUCAGCUUGGGCCUUUCUUCGAUGUUUGGAAACAUUGAGGGUGUCUUCACUCCUCUUCUAGAGCUUCAGAUUAUACCUAAAUCAGCACCUAAAGAGUUAUUAUCUGGUAUAAUAUGUCUAAUUAGCUUCCUCAUUGCUCUGUGUUUUACACUGCGUUCAGGGAGUUACUGGAUUGACAUUUUUGACAGAUAUGCAGGUUCAGUGCCUCUUCUAGUCAUUGCUUUCUUUGAAGUGAUUGGAGUUGUGUACAUCUAUAAAAUUAAAAGGUUCAGUGAAGAUGUGGAAUGGAUGACCGGACGAAAACUCAAUCUCUUCUGGCAGAUCACAUGGAGGUUUAUUAGCCCUCUGCUCCUGCUAAUUGUCUUCAUGGCCUUUGUUACUCUUCAGAUGCAGAAGCCACCAAGCUACACAGCCUGGAACCCUAAAUAUGAAGGUUUUCCCAUGAAAGAAGAGAAGGUCUAUCCACCUUGGGUGCAGGCCAUUUGCGUGCUGUUGGCUGCCCUUCCUUGCGUGUGUGUGCCUCUGGUAGCGCUUUUCCACCUGAUCAAACAAAAGCGCAGAAACAAGAGCCCAAGCUUCGUACCACCAGAAGGCUUCUCCUGUCAGGGAGCUAACAGCAACUCUUCUCAUCCAAAAGAAUAAAUAUUUAUUGUAUCUGUCUGUAAGCAAAAUAAGACAGCCUUUGUUAGACAUUAUUAGCUGUAAUUUAGCAUCAUCCAACCAACCUGGUAUAUACAGUUCCAAUGCUUACAGCAAUCACUACAUUCUGUAAACAACACUGUUGUGGUUCCUUUAAUUUCAGCCAAUUUCACAGCUUCACGUAUAUCUCCAUCCAGAAUUUGAACUUGGAAAGCCUAUUAA